AUGUUCCGGGGCCACCGCGCCUGGUUCUCGCAGAGCGUCAGCCCGGGCCCGCGGGAGCUGUGGGCAGCCGGCGGCGGGGCGCUGGCCCACUGGCGGGACGCCAGCUACCUCUUCAGCAGCGAUGCCGCCCACCCGGACACCCGCAGAAUACACGAGAGCCUUGAUUACUUGGAGGGCAGAGCUACCGUCUUUCACUCCUGUUACCUCUCUGCGUGGGCGAGCACUAAUGCAGGAGUGAAGCCAUCGGUGUUUCUGGGCCACUUCGUCCUGCCACCUGCUUGCUUGCAAGAAGAAAUCAGAAGGAAAAUCGGUAGUUUUAUUUGGGAGCAGGCGGGUGAUUCACUUGCAGAACAGCCCAACAAAAAUCUGACGGAUGAACCGGAGGUGGUGAGCAAAGGCUGUGAGGACGAAGCGGAGGAGGAUGUGCUAGACCUGGCUGAAAGCAGCGAAGGAGAAACAGGCUCUAGAGCACCUGCCCAGGGGGAAUUUCCAUACCGUGCCCUCCAGGAAUACCCGAUGAAUAACAUGGUGACAGGCUACCCCUCUGCUCGCGACAUGAAGAAAUAUGCCGGGGAGCUCCGUGAUUUCAUCCCCGGCACCUCAGGCUACACCGCGUAUUGGAUUCAGAAUGAAAUCAACAUUUACCCCAAUGCAAAGACUAGAAUGAAGAGAAAAUUUUAAGUUAACAGGUGGCUGCUCGCAUCAACCACUUAAAUAAGAGCUGCCAGAGUGCUAUCGGUUGUGUUUGAAAACCCAGUCCUGUAGUUAAGAUGCUGGGAUGCCUCUUUGCUCGUGCUCUUCUACAGUUUGAUGGUUAUUUUACCCGUCAGUUGGCGUUCUCCUCGUGUUUUAGUUAAAUAGUGCAGAGAUUGGUGGUACUGAGCUGCAAAUUCUCUUAAAAUCUCCACGGUACGUGGGGGAUUUAUAAAUUAUCUCUGC